UAAAAUAAUUCAUAAUAGAUUUUAUCAUCAUCAUCAUCAUCAUCAAUAUCAUCAUUCCAAACAAAAUUAGUCCAGAAUUUUUGGUUUCUAAAUUAUUUUUCUCAUACAUAUAAGUGAUAUUUCAAAUUCGAAUCUUUAUUGUAUUUUUUGAGCUCAUCAUUUGUGGAACAAAAAAAAAGACUAAUCAAUAAACAAACAAAAAAAACAAUGUCAACAUCGGGUGAUUUCGGUAAUCCAUUACGUAAAUUUAAACUUGUUUUUCUUGGUGAACAAAGUGUUGGAAAAACAUCACUGAUAACACGUUUCAUGUAUGAUACAUUUGAUAAUACCUAUCAAGCAACUAUUGGUAUUGAUUUCUUAUCGAAAACAAUGUAUCUUGAAGAUAGAACGGUUCGAUUACAACUAUGGGAUACAGCUGGGCAGGAACGAUUUCGUAGCCUAAUUCCAAGUUAUAUACGUGAUUCUACCGUAGCCGUUGUUGUUUAUGAUAUAACAAAUGCAAAUUCUUUUCAUCAAACAUCCAAAUGGAUUGAUGAUGUACGAACUGAACGUGGUAAUGAUGUUAUUAUAAUGUUAGUGGGCAAUAAAACCGAUUUACAAGAUAAACGACAAAUACCAGCCGAUGAAGGUGAGAAAAAGGCUAAAGAAUUGAAUGUUAUGUUUAUUGAAACGAGCGCCAAAUCCGGUUAUCAAGUUAAACAGUUGUUUAGAAGAGUUGCAGCCGCAUUGCCCGGUAUGGAAGCAAAUGAAAAAACGAAAGAAGACAUUGUUGAAGUGGAUCUUAAAGAUGCACCAAAUGAAAUUUCACAGCAAGAAAGCCGUUGUAGUUGCUAAUGUUGAAUGUUUUUUUUUAUCUAUGGAAUUUCAUUACAUAAUGAUGCAUGUUUUAAAUGGAAUGAAAAUUUUUUUUUUUACUGUUGUUGCUGAUUCAUAUAUUUCCUUAGAAACAAAAAAAAAAAAUUAAUUCAUUGCACCUUUUUUCAAUUUCAAUUACACUCACACAAACUACCAACCUUCUGAUUACAAUAUACCUGUAUCUUUUUUCUCUUUUUUUAUUUUGAUUUGAUGGUAUUUUCCCAUUAGCCGAAUUCCUUGGUAUUUUGAUUUGCAUGAGUUUAUAAUAUAUAUUUAGUGUUUAAGAGCAAAACUGGCAUGUUAUUUUAUCAUCAUUGUUAUUGAUAAGUACGUGUGAUAAAAUCAAAAAUCUAAUGAUCGAAACGAAAAAAAAUGA